AUGUUCCGGCUCCCAGCUCUGCUGCGCGCCGGCGGGCUCCCCGCGCUCGAAGUCUUCGACUUCGAGGUCUACGACGACAACUGCGUCCACACCGGCGACGUGGCUCUGUGGCCGCCGCAGCCGCGGCUGAAGGUGCAUCCCACCGUGCGCGAGAAGCUUCUGCGAAUCCUCGACGCGCUGCCGGCGCGCGUCGCCGUCCGAUCGGCGCUCGCGCUCGGCGCGCCCGCGGACGGCAUCCUCGCGCGCAUCGACGCGGCGUCGCUCGACCUCAACGAGUCCACCGCGCGCAUGGAUCCGUGCGUCCUCUGCUGGGCGCGCAGGCCCGGCAAAUCCGACGACGCCCACGUCGGCCUCCUCCCGGCGCUCGUCGCGCGAGGCCUGGCGGUCGACGCGCGCGGUCCGCGGCGGCGGAUGACGGCGCUCGCCGUCGCGGCCGCCUGGGCCAACGCCGAAGCGGCGGUGGCGCUCCUCGACGCCGGCGCCUCCGUCAGCGCCGGCGCGCCGGCUCCGCUGCUCGCCUGCGCUCUGGCGCAGUGCGGCGAGCCCGCGCGAAUGGUUCGCUACGUGCUGCGACGGAGCAGCGGCGGGCGCUCCUGGUCCCGGCGGAAGAUCUUCAACGAGCUCCUCCGCCGCGGCGCGUCGCCCUUCGCCGCCUACGACGGGAAACCGGCGACCUUCUACCUGGACCAGUGGCUCCAGAUGAAGCUCCACUCCCUCAAGCGGAACACCGACGCGAUCAUCCACAUGCCGAUGGCGGAGUCGGAGGACGAGCCCUCGGACGACGACUCCGACGCCCGCGACGAGUAUUUCGAGAACAGGCUCGACCGGCUGAGGAUGCAGACGCGCCUCAUCUACGAGGGGUACGACGUCAAGGAACUCAGCCAGUCCAUCAACCUCAUGUCGCAGACGAUGCACGCCAUGUACACGGGCGCGCCGCUGCCCGCGGCGGGCUUCCUCCCGCUCGCGCCGCGAUCGCCUCCGACGCGGCGCACGCUGCCGCAUGCGAACCGACCGACGCAAAGAAAGGGCUUCGCCGGCCGGGAGUCGCUCGGCGACCCGCGAUUCAAAGACGGCAAGUCCAAGGCGGUCUACGACUGCGCGCGCUGGUACCUGCUGCGCGGCGGCGAGCGCAACGGCGUCGAGGCGAAGAUGACGGACUACGGCCUGGGCCUCGUGGCGUCCGGUGACGUCGCCGCGGGCGAGGCGGUGCUGACGACGCCGCGGGCGUGGAUCGUGUCCGCGGAGGACGCGCCGCUCUACCUGUCGGCGACGCGCGACGACCCCGCGGCGGAUCUCGUCACGGAGACCGCCGCCGUCUCCGCGCGCUUCGUGGAGCUCGAGGGCGACGGCAUGUGGGAGCCCUACCUCGCCGCGCUCCCGACGGCCGCGGAGCUCGGCGAUAUGCCCGCGCUCUGGCCCGACGACGAGGCCGCCGGCCUGCUCGCGGGCACGCAGACGGGCCGGAGCCGGGCCGAGCUGCUGGCCACGUGGCGCAGCGAUCUCGAGGCGAUCAACGGCCGGCGGCGCCUCCACGACCCGAGCAGCCCUGAGCUCCCGUGGCGCCAGUGGCGCUACUACGAGGCCCUCGUCAUGUCGCGCGGCUCCAGCCUGCCCGGCGUCGGCUACGCGGUCUUGCCCUUCAUCGACCUGGCGAACCACGACGACGCGCCGAACGCGAAGCUGCGCGUGGACGAGGCCGACGGGUACUGCGCGUCCGUGUCGCUGACCGCGGCGCGCGACCUCGUCAAAGGCGAGCAGGUCUUCUCGUCCUACGCCGGCGGCGAGGGCCCCAUGGACGCGCUGCUGAGCCUCCAGGCCUUCGGGUGGCUCGCGCUGGGCGACGACGAGCGGCCCCUCGUGGAGAGCUGCUCGGUCGACGUCGCGAUGGCCAUCCGGUCCGACGACGACCUCGGCGAGGUCAAGCUCGGCCUGCUCGACGCGGCGCCGGGCGGCGGCCGCGCCGUGCUCACGACGACGGGGACGUCCGACGUCGACGACCGGGCGCACGCCGGGGCGCUCCGGGACCUGCUCUGCGGCCUCCGGCUCGUGUCGAUGGACGAGGCGGCGCUCACGGCGGAGAUCCUCGAGAACGAGGCGCCGGAGGACUCGCCCUGGGCGCUGGGCGAACGCGUGAGCGACGCCAACGAGGCCGCGGCGGUGCAGGCGGGCAGCGGCCUGCUCCGGCGCAUGAUCGCGGCGUCCGACGCGGAGUUCGAGACGCGGACCAAAGCGGGCGUCGCGGCCGCGAACGCGUCGCCCGAGGGCCUCCGCCGGGCGACGCUCGCGCGCGCGACGGCCGAGGGCGAGCGCGCCGCCCUCUGCACGCUCCUCGCCCUCCUCGAGGGCCGCCCGGAGUAA